AUGCGAGAUAUAAGCGUAAAUGCUAAUGCCAAUGCGCGCAUCAUCUUCCGUACUACUAACGGCCUCGAUAACGAUGUCAGAUCGGUGCCACAUCCGGUUUGGAUCAAAAAUGGGUUUAUCUACAUCCCUGUUCCUACACGCCAAUCCCACUACCGCGACACCCGCCAGCCUGUCAUCCCUGCUAGCGUUAGCGUUGCAAGGUCAGAUGGGUGA